AUGGCGCAGUCGCCGUGUGUAUCGGGGAAUUUCAUGCCCGCUAACUUCCGGGUUCGUGGACAUUUUGCAAUGGAGUAUUUUACCCGGUCGCUUCUGAUUGUCCUGUCCGUGGUUUUCAGCGUAACAGGUGAUACAGUGCACCUGACGGUGGUCACACCCACACCUUAUGGGGCGGGGUCUUCACAGUCCUCGGCUAGCAUCAGCUGUUUCCGUAGCAGUCCUGAUGCAGACGCCACACUGAGCUUUGGCAGACCAUUCCAGAUAGCUCUCCGAGGAUCUACAGUAGAAAUAUCUACCACCCUCCCUACUGGCAGUAGUCCAUCAGUCAAUGGACAGAUAGUCACACAGGAUCUGACCACCAGUAAUGAUGCCACUGGGCUGUUUUAUUGUGAAGGUUCCAAUAGAGGGUUAACAACGAGGGUAUACAGCAUCAUCCACAGUGUGAAUAGGAGGUUUGAGCCUGUUGAUGGCCUGGUUACGAAAACGGUCAACAUACGAGAGGAUGUGACUCUCUCAGUCAUCCAAGCUAUUUCUGGGGGCUCUCCUCUGUGGCGUCGUACAAGAAAUGGAACUGUUAAUGCAAACUUGCCUAAUUCCAAUCGGGCUAGUUUCACAGUGCCCUCUACUGAUGCUGUUGAUGGGGAUCUGUAUACUGUCAUCGGAAAUACUGAUACUCUGGCUGACAAUCAUUUCAGUAUGAUCAGACUCAUAGUCAGAGGCUGUGUUGCAGGCAAGUGGGGUCCUCAGUGCACUGGGAUUUGUGACAUGUGUUACAAUGGAGGAGUGUGUGAUGAUGAGACAGGAGAUUGCAUCUGCCCACCAGGAUUCAGUGGACCAAACUGCCUCACAGCUUGUGGUAUGCACAAAUUUGGCUGGGAAUGUGAGUUUCAGUGUGGAGCUGGUAACGUCAUCCAGAGUUGUACAGGGAGCCAGUUUGGUCUGCCAGACCCGUACGGUAACAGCUGCAUCUCUGGGUACCAUGGCAGAGACUGUGAUGUGGCGUGUUCUGCUGGAUCAUUUGGUGCUGGAUGUACCCAGACCUGUCACUGUCAGUCAGGGCAAUGUGAUGCUUACACAGGGGAGUGUACGGGGACACCGAGUGGAUGUGAAGCGGGCUGGGAUGGCACUAAUUGUCAGAUUCCAGAUGUUUGCCCCGUUGGCUACUAUGGAGACAACUGCCUGAGUAAGUGUCAUUGUCUCAACGACGCAGCCUGUGACAAGGGGACUGGUUAUUGCAGUGGGUCAAGCGGUGCAUGUGCAGCAGGAUUUCAGUGUGUGUCAAUUCUACCUGUGCUGAGUCAGCCACCCAGUGUAUCAGUUGCAUCUACAUCAGCUAUCGUCAGCUGGCAGGCAUGGGAUUCCAAUGUGGAUGCAGGAGAUGGACCGGUCAUUGCAUACAAAGUCUACUACUCCCUUACAUCCCCCAUAUCAUGGACUGUUGCCAAUAAUGUCACAGUGGCAAGCCCACCUCAGACUUGGUACAGCUCCACUGUUCAACCAUUGCAACCAAAUACUGAAUACAUGUUCAGCAUGGCUGUAGUGAGAGAGGGGCCAGGAGGAGAAGGGCCUAGGAGUCCAAUAACUACUAGGACGACCCUACCUGAAUCACCCCCCUCAGAAACCACCACGGGUCCUACAACCUCUGAAUCAUCCAUUAUAACAACACCUGAAUCAACCAAAUCAAACACAGACGUGAUCGUUCUUAUUGUCGUUGUUGUAAUCGUCGUGAUUAUCGUUGGUGUGGCUGUGUACAUCUACUUUCCGUGUCAUCGAAAAAGCACAAGACAACCUGCAAAAACACAAUCAACAGGAGGACAGGAACUGACCACGUAUGAGAAUCAGAUAUCUCCAGAUAACGAGUAUGGCGUAUCAGACUAUGAGAGGGUUGGUCAAGAUCACCCAACAUCGUAUGAAGUAGUGGGUGUUCAUCUCUCGUCAUCAACCUAUGAGGAUGUAGGCCUACCAUCUUGGGCACAGGGAAGGAAGAUUCCAUUCAAGAAUGUGUUCAUCGGUGAAAAGAUUUUAGGCAAAGGAAACUAUGGAGAAGUUCGUGACGGAGCAGUGAUGGUUGGAGGAGAGGUUUCAAAAGCUGCGAUAAAGACACUGAUGGCAAACUCAUCAGAAAAUGACCGGCAGAACUUCAUGGAGGAAUUCCGGACGCUGACCAAAGUUGGACGACACCCGAACGUGGUCGGUAUUCUCGGCGCUUGUCAACAUGAAGACAUUCUGUACGUGGCUUUGGAGUUCAUGCCCAACGGUGAUCUGCGCACCUACCUGAGAAAUGCCCGAUCCCUGGGGGACGAUGAUCAGUCCACUCUGUCUUCUGAGAAGCUGAUUCAGUUUGCAUUGGAUGUUGCCAGAGGAAUGCAACACGUUGACGCAGUGGGGGUGAUCCAUCGUGAUUUGGCGGCAAGGAACAUCCUCCUUGACAGUCAACUGGUUGCCAAGGUUUCUGAUUUUGGGUUAUCGCGUGCAGAAGAUAUCUACGUUCAGAUGUCAAGGACUCGGGUUCCUACUCGCUGGCUGUCUCUGGAGUCGUUGGCUUCCAAGACCUACACAUCAAAGAGUGACGUAUGGUCCUUCGGAAUCCUUCUGUGGGAAAUUGCGACCUUGGGUGCCACUCCUUAUGAAGACAUCAAAUCUAAGGACCUGCUGUCGAGGUUGCAGAGUGGAUACCGGAUGCCCAAACCAACCAACUGUGAUAACGAGAUCCACACUCUGAUGUUGAUGUGCUGGCAGGAAGACCCGGACAACCGACCUCAUUUUAAAAGUCUAGUGACUCACCUGAAAAUUAUGGCUGACAAACAACAUGAACAUACGUACAUGCGACUGCUGCCAAAAGCUGACAACUACAUGUACUUGAUGAUUCGCCCAGAGCUGGAUGACAACUGAAUG